AUGGAAGAGGGGUCGAGGAGGGGAGAGUCUGAGAGUGUAAACAUGACUGUCAUCAAAUACAGCAACACCGCCGAAAGUUCCAACAACAUCUGCAAUAACAGGCUUAAUCAGAGCAAUCAACGCACAACUCAGGAGGAAGAGUUAAACGUUCCAUCAGAUGGUGAGACGGGCAGGAACAUUUCGUGCCAUGUCGAUGAUCCCGAGUCUUUCCAUGAGUCUAAGAUGGAAAACGUGUACCUGCUGGAUAACACUAGUAAGAUGGAGUCUUUUAACACUUCAGAUGAUAAAGAAAAUAGGAAUCGCCCUACAGAUUCAAGAAUAGGACAUCAAUGUGAUGAUCAUGAUCUAGGUUGCCAGCGGGCAGACACUUUGGCCAGUGUUUCUGGCACACAGCAGAUGGAUUGUGAUUCCAGUGCUGUGUCUGCACACCAUAUUGACGAUGAGGAAAUAUUCAGGAGAGCAAGAGAGGAGGGACAAGUGACUGUUGUCUUCCUAGGGCAGAUCGCACAGGAUGGUUGCUGUAGAUUUGUUUGUGAGCUUUUUAAGUGUGUCCUUUAUCAGCGGCAACAGCUGCCCAUGACGUAUGACCAAAUGGUGUUCCUUCAAAAACAACAGCAUAAUGCCACACAGACAGAGGACAUGGUGAACUGUCGGCCUGUGAAGACAUCAGGGGGCUUGGAUUGGCGUCGGUGCCAACGGACAUUGCAGGAGCUGGACGAGGUGCUGGCCCACCUGGAGAAACUGUUCUCUCUUAGCCAUGUUCCUCGUGUGCUCUUCAUGCUGGGGGGCUCUACCCUCCUCCCCAACGAACUGUACGAGGUCAACUUGGAAGCAGUGGCUGUUGGUGCCGGAGAAAACAGUUUAAGGACGUCAUCUUGUCUAAGGCAGCUUUUCCGCACACUAUUUGUGGCCGACCUGCUGUCGGACGCAAAGUCUGUUCGUCUCAUGAGCACCACAGUCAUGGCUCUGGGUCACCGGGAUUGUGGCGUGACUGGGUUUAAGCCCAAAGUAGAUUUUAGGGUUCCUACAAAAGUGAAAAACCAUGUCAUCUCCAUAGCCAGUGAUAUGUCCCUCACUGGAGAGGUACACAAAUGUAACCGAGACCUGGAGGACUAUAUAUGGUUUCAGGCCCCUGUCACUGUCAAAGGUUUCUGUAAAUAAUAGGUUGAACAGAAAAUCGAA